AUGGAGCGAAAUUAUCAGAGAGUCGGUUUGGGGGUGGGCGCGUUUCAUAACCCCGCGAGAGCGAAAUACAGCGAGGAAACGAAAAAUCUUAUUAAGCUGUUAAUGGAGGAGUCCAAGCUAACAAUGCUGCAAAGGAAGACGAUCCAAGAAGCGAUAGACAAGGGUGAGUCCUUACCGCCUUCCAUCGACAGAACGAAAAAAGUAAAAGACAAGGCCGAAGAUUAUCAAGUUAUUUUUCCUAGCGCUUGGAGGAGACGGUCGCAGGAUACGAUUGUAAGCAGCGGUGCUUACGAGAGGGAGCAAUACAGGAGGACAGCGCCCUUACCCAAUAAGGAGAAACAAAAACGUCACUUGGCAUGCAUGAUGGCUUACGGGAAGGACAUGCCGGAAACUCCACAGGGUCCUAAGAUUCUUCACAGGGCUAAACGAGAGCCGGAGAUACCUGAGAAUGUGGAUUUCCUGAAUGACUUGACUCAAGGGGUUCGCGAGAGAAUGGAUUUCUUGCACGAUAUGGAGUGUCUCGGAAUGGGGAAAAAAUAUCGACCCAUAAUACAGCAGGAGAUAGCGCAGAAAAUACGGCUGAUCAAGUCGCUGGACCGUCAAACGUCCGAUGAGCUGCGAAAAGAGAUUUGUGAACUCGAGCACGAAAGAUCGUCGCCAAAACUGUUCCCGCUGACUGAGCUAGGGGAAAAUUGA